GAGAGGGAGGGAGGAGUGAGAGAGAGUGGCUCCUGCAGCAGGACCUCAGUGAAGUUGAUCUUUCCUCCGCGCUGUUUUGGAGAGAAAUCUCAGCGCACACAGUGCACCUUCACCGCCUCACCGGAUGGGCUGCUCAUUCAGAGCCCUAACAGCCAGCUCUCCUUUCUAAAGAAAAAAAAAAAAAAAAAAGAACCGUGACACAUUACCGAAUAAACAUUUUGACCCGGCUGGAUGUUCUACAGAACCGAUGCGUGAGGAAAUGUCGAGUUUGGUGUGUGUGAAGGAGGUGGAGGGGCAGGGUGACCCUGCGGAGAAGCUGUCCCAGGACGAGCUGCUGUGUCGGACACGGGAGGUGAUGCAGGGGUUGGAGGCUCUGCGUGCUGAACACCAGGCCAUCCUGGAGGGUCUGAUGGGAACGCUGCGUUGCCUCAAACAAACCCAGGAAGGCCGCACUGUCGAAGAGAAGACCGUCAUGAUUCAGCGCUCGCUGGAAAUGCUAGAGCUCGGGCUUAGUGAAGCACAGGUAAUGAUGGCUCUUUCAGGGCACUUGAGCGCAGUCGAGGCUGAGAAACAGAAGCUUCGAGCACAGGUCCGGCGGUUGUGCCAGGAGAAUCAGUGGCUGCGUGAUGAGUUGGCAGGCACACAGCAGCGGCUGCAGAAGAGUGAGCAGAGCGUGGCCCAGCUGGAGGAGGAAAAGAAGCACCUGGAGUUCAUGAAUCAGCUAAAAAAAUAUGACCAGGAUCUCAGCCCAACAGAUGACAAAGACUCUGACUCGAGCAGGGAGACUCUGGAUGAUCUUUUCCCUGAUGAUCAGGAUGAGUCAGCCUCUGGCAUCCAGCCCCCACACAGCAGUGCUGUAGCAGCAGCUCAGCAGGGAGGCUAUGAGAUUCCAGCCCGGCUCCGAACCCUGCACAACCUGGUGAUCCAGUACGCCUCUCAAGGCCGCUAUGAGGUAGCCGUGCCGCUGUGUAAACAGGCGCUGGAAGACUUGGAGAAGACCUCGGGUCACAACCACCCUGAUGUCGCCACAAUGCUUAACAUUCUUGCCCUCGUCUACAGGGAUCAGAAUAAGUACAAAGAGGCUGCAAACCUUCUGAAUGAUGCACUUGAUAUCAGAGAGAAAACACUGGGAAAAGACCAUCCUGCGGUGGCUGCUACACUAAAUAAUUUGGCUGUCCUUUAUGGUAAACGUGGGAAAUACAAAGAGGCAGAACCACUAUGUAAAAGGGCACUGGAGAUCAGAGAGAAGGUGCUAGGGAAAGACCACCCCGAUGUGGCAAAGCAGCUGAAUAACCUGGCUUUGCUGUGUCAGAACCAGGGCAAAUAUGACGAGGUGGAAUAUUACUACCAGAGAGCCCUUAACAUCUAUCAGACCAAGUUGGGCCCUGAUGACCCCAAUGUAGCCAAGACCAAAAACAAUCUGGCCUCAUGUUAUCUGAAGCAAGGGAAGUUUAAGCAAGCAGAGACUCUCUAUAAAGAGAUCCUCACACGAGCUCAUGAGAGGGAGUUUGGCUCUGUAGAUGGUGAGAACAAGCCUAUCUGGAUGCAUGCAGAGGAGAGAGAGGAACAGAGUAAAGGGAAGCAGAAAGAUGGCUCCCCAUUCGUAGAGUACGGUGGCUGGUACAAGGCCUGCAAAGUGGACAGCCCCACUGUAACGACCACACUCAAGAACCUGGGUGCCCUGUACAGGCGGCAGGGCAAGUUUGAGGCCGCUGAGACUCUGGAGGAGGCUGCUAUGCGCUCCCGAAAAAAGGGUCUGGACUCCACCCAUAAACAGCGUGUGGCGGAGGUUCUGGGGGAUCCAGAGGCUCGGGAGAAGCAGCGCAGCAGAGAGAGUCUGAUAUCUGACACGGUGAAGUACGAGAGUGGCCCAGAUGGAGGAGAGGAAGAGCAGUGCUCAGGGCACAAAACAGAGAAGACUUCAGCAGAGCGAAGAGGGGAUGGCUCAGGCUCAUUAAAGCGCAGCGGCUCCUUCAGUAAACUCCGAGCCUCAAUUCGCCGUAGCAGUGAGAAACUCGUCCGCAAGCUCAAAGGAGGCGGCUCACGAGAAAACGAACCCAAGAAUCCUGGUGUGCUUGCAUGUGGCUCUCUCGGAAGCAGCAUGAAGAGGGCCAGCUCUCUGGGGGUUCUCAACGUACCGGACAAACCUGUGGGCGAACUCUUCAAAGAGCGAAAUAAUCGUCUGAGGAAGAGUCGGGAUCUGAGUGCCAGUCACACUGACCUAGCGCAUUGAAGCUCUGCAUGGCACGUGCUGAUGAAGUCGAGAGGGUUCAGUGAGGGCACAGACUGAGGCAACUUCUACACCCUUCUCCCAACCUCAACUCUUUUUUUUUUUUUUUUUUAAAUAAACACAGGAAACCCUUUACAGAUGUUUACCUUUACUUGCCUUUACUUUCCAGAACUAAGUAAACAAAUUUAGCUUGUGUAAUGUCUUCGGACAACACUAGAAAUUAUACGAUCAACUGCUGAUUAAGUGCAACUAACAAUCAUGCAUUCUCAACCCACUCCCAGACCCAGAAGUGUGAGUACUGAAAUGCAUUUUGAUUUGUGAAAUAAAAUUGAACUUGGCACAUUAUUCAGGCUCAGGUUAGGGAUUUAUACAUUUGUGGCACUUUCAACCCAAUGAUUCAAUGAUUAAUGCUCUGUAUGUCCUUUUAUUUGAUAAUUUUUUGUCAUCUUGUUGUCUAAUGUGUGUGAAGGAUAUGGCAGCAUCUAAUUUGAAUGUGUGCGUAUGGUUGUAGUAAAUAUGCUUUAUUCCUAUUUGUUUUCUACCCAAUUCAUUUUCAGUAACAUUAGAUGUUCAGCUUCAUAACUUUGUCAGGCUUUUACUGGACUAAUUUAUUUUUUAAAAAAUUUGUUGUGGUAAAUUAUGAACCACACCUGUUUUAAGGUCUCUGUUUACAUUCUGUAAUGUUUUAUUAUGGCAUUAGAUCCCCCCCCCACCAGUUGUUGUAUCAGCCUACUCAAGAAGCCUUAAAUGGUCCUGUUGGAUGUUUUUCUUUCAAAUGUCCAUAAUUAAGAAUGUGGAUCAAAGGUUUAAGAAACCAAGGAAAACUGCACUUCACUGGUCUCAUGGAGAAAAGGUUACCAGCCUUUUCUUACAGUUGUCAUCUGACAACUUUUUACUUCUUUAUCUGUUACAAUUUUUUUUUUUUUUAAAUAUAAAGUUAUACAGAUUGAUGUAGGUGAGUUGAAGGACUGGUUCUAUUUAACUUCUCAUAUUGGUCAUAUAUCUGAACAAGGCAAAAUAUUUUUGAAAAGGAUUAUUGAAGAAAUGUGUACUGCCUCUUUUCAUCAACUCUGGUUGAGGAAGAGCUAAAAUCAGUUAUAAUAAACAGCUGUAUGUGCACUGUAAAUUUGUAUCUAUGAACAGUCAUGAAGUAGGUUACAUGACCUGAGAGUGACCAGAUCAGGUCUCUAAUUAAUGAUUGAGAUGGUUUACUGAUUGGUAAGUCAAUUACUCUUUAUGAUUUAAUGGUAUAAAUAAAUCUCAGUCCUUUUAUCCAAAGAGUGAACCACCUUUUUAAGAAUAAAAAUGGACCACUGAAGGCAAGGUUCAACUCCACAAGCAUCCGUGAGGAAAAUGAAUAAAGUUCAUGCGAGUUUGUUAUAAACUGCAUGUACGUUCUCUGCAUUGGGCUGCUUCUCUGCAUUCUGACAAAGUGCAAUAUUGUAGCUGCUUUGUGUGUUUGUUCUGUUUGACCUUAUAUAUGACAUUCUACUGACAAAAGCUGCUUGGCUUGGUGUCUUUGUUAAUAAAUUUGUGAUUAAAUAUGAAUCUAUCUUCACUGUUGUACGUAUCUGAUAUAUUCUUCCGCUUAUUUGAGUUAUGGGUGCUGUUACGUGCAUGUAUCUUUUUUUUUUGUGCGUUUUUAAUGCAGUCAUGGGAUGAACAUUCAUUUUGAAGACUGAAAUGACUGGUUGUCAGCCAGUGUGAUUUAAAAAAAAAAAAAAGGCUGUUGAUCAGCUUUUAAAUAGUGUAGAUGUUGAUACAAUCCUAUUUGCAGGGUUAUUAAUACAGUAUAAUUAUACACGGUAGGGUCAUACAGUGGAUUCCAGAAUGUUAUGUGGCACACAGCUCCAAAAAACUUCAUUCAUCACAGUAUUUCAUCUCUCAAGCAUUAAAUGGUUUCUUGUUUAUGUUUUAAAUUGUUGUUAAAUGAUUCUGCGCCAUUAAAAUCUCACAAGCCCAAAGUUUAAGGCCUUCUGAUCUACUAUUUGACCUAUGGCAUAAUCAGGGAGUGUUUUGGGGGUUUAAGUUCCUCCUUUAAUUAUUCUACCUGCAGUGUUGGCUAGACAUUUCCACCUGCCUCGUCAGUCACAAUGGUUUGAAGUUCUGUGACUGCUGUGUGGUGGUAAAAUUGCAAACACCUGAAUAAACAUAAAAUCUCUCCUGAAUCACUUUGAGUUGAAGGCCUGUCUGUUGAUCUCAAUCAGCCAUUAGUUAAAGCUCUCCAACAUAAAAGUUAUCAGAAUGUGAGCAUUGUUAUUUUAUUGAUGUUUUUAAAUGGGAAAGAUGGUUAUUAAUCUGAGGUUUAGUUGGGGUUUCUCACAUGGGUAAAAUUACUUUAGCAUUAAACAUAUUUGAGUAAUAAAGUACGGCUCGUAAAUGGAGCUUUACAUCAAAAAUGAGCGCAACACAAACAGGCUAUUAUGGCUUAAUAGGGCAUCCCUUUGUGGUAUAUCUGAGAAAAAAAUUUUUUUUCUAAAUGAGUAAUGAGCAGGUCAAUUCAUUAAAGAGUAAGGAUGGAUUGUUUUGGGGAGUUAGCUAAUAAAUUAUGGACUGCAAGUCCUGCAGGGGCAGGUUUUGUUUGAUUAAUAAUUGCUUUCUUUUUUGUUUGCUCUGUGGUCCAUCAGACCAAUUAAGUGUACGAUAUUACUGAAUUUUAAUAAAUCUUCAUAUUUACAGCAAUACAGCUAGGGCUUGUGAUUAUAGCUUUACACAGCCAAACCACUGACCGACUGCCUGCAUUUUAAUGUCAUAGGCCCGCUACGGUCCAUUUAUCUAUUUGAAUAUAACAUUGUGAAGUCUUUAGCUUUGUGAAGGUGGACCCAGCGAAAUAGAAAUGU